UAAAUAGUGAACACUGUCAGCAGCUUGUUCUCCACACAUCUUUACUGCAGACACUCACAGGAUUUCACACUGAAACUAUUUCAGACCACUGAGUUGAUGAAGAAAAUGUUUCACACAUUUAUUUUUUGCUGUUGCUGUCUGGUUGGAGUGUUUGCUGAUGAACUGAAGUCAGUGUCAGUGAUGGAGGGAGAUUCAGUCACUCUACAGACUAAUGUUACUGAAAUACAGAAAGGUGAUCGGAUAAAGUGGAAAUUCGUAACUAACAGGAUUCUAAUAGCUAAAAUCUUUGCAUUGACCAUCGACAUCCCUGUUAAUCUUACUGAGAGAUUCAGAGACAGACUGAAGCUGGACAUUAAAACUGGAUCUCUGACCAUCACAAACAUCAGAACUGAACAUGCUGGAGAAUAUGAAGCUGAGAUCAGCAUCAGCAGGAGCUCAUCGUAUAGACACAGAUUCACUGUUACUGUCUAUGCUGCUCCAACUACAACUAUUCGAACUACAACUCUUCCUGUCACCAGCCUAGACUCAACAUCAUUUUCAUCAUCAUCAUCAUCAUCAUCAUCAUCAUCAUCAGGAUUGUCAAAAGAAGCACACACCCAUUGUUGUGAUUCUGCUGAAGCUGUGCUCCGAUUGGUCGUCACUGCUCUGAUGGGCGUGGCUGCUGCGGCUGCUGCUGUUCUUCUUGUCAAUGAUGUCAGAUCUACGAGAGGAAAAAAGGAGGAAACAGAACUGAUGUCAUAAAUAUUGUGACAUAUAUAAGAGUUUUAUUUGUAAAGAUGAAAAUACGUGUGGUUUUAUUGUUUAGUGAUGCAAAAACUAACUUGUGUUUACCUAUUCUCUCUUCAAAACUGGUGUAUUGAGGCCAUCUGGUGGCCAGAACAAUUCAAUGUAUUCUUUAAUGCAAUCUAUUUUACAUUUCAUUGUUAAUUACAGUUUUCAUUUUUUCUUAAUUUGUUAUUUUACCAUUUCAAUUUUGUGUCAUAAUUGUGCAGCAAGGCUACAAAUACAAAUGUAAAAAUAUUUGUCACAUCAAUAAAUCACUGUAGAAUUGAACUAAAUAUUACCUACCGAACUGAUAUAAUCUAUGAAUCAUAUAUGUGCCUAUAUUUUAAUAUGUCAUAAUAAGAAUAAACUAUGAAUUCAGAAUCAGAUUGAAUGACGGUUGAAUAAAAACACAUUUACAGCAUUAGACAGUUAUUAAAACAGUGUAAAUUGUGAAAAAUUUAUGAAAAUAUGGAAAAAGAUUUGAGAUUUUGAGAUCAAGUUUGAGAUUGCUUGUUGUCUUUUAUGAUGGAAUGAACUACAAUCCCAUGAUGCAACAUUUGCCAUGAUACAUAUAAUUUUUCUACAAGAAAAUCAAUAUUUUCAUAGUAUAAUACAGUAUAAUAUUAUAUUACAGUAUAAUAGUAGUAAAUGUAUCUGUCUCACACGUGUCCCACAUUGUCCUGCAAAAUCACAUCUACAUCCUGAAACAGAGCGAUAACCAGCUGCUGUUCUUCUGAAUAACAGAAUCAGAGCAGAAAACACUGAAUUUAUCAGUUUAGCAUGUUUUAGAAAGAUAUCAUUUAAUAUACCUGUGAAAUCUGAACUAUUGUGUAGUUUUUUACUGUAUCUGCUCAAGACUAUUUUGGAAAGAUUUAGAUAGAAUGAUAGAAAUGUGUGUUUGAUGUGCUUUAUGUAAUUUUUUCUCUUUCUGACAACUGAUGUAAAUAAUGUGAUUAUGUUAUCUUGUGGCAUUGAAUAAAAAACAGAUCAGAUAUCAUAAA